GAAAGUGAAAGUAAAUGAACAGAGUUGAGGUGGACAGACAGACAGAAUCGAUGAUCUACAAUACAUAAUAUCUAUAAAUCUUUAAAGAAUCGCUAAUAAAUACUAAAGCAGGAGUUUGUGUGUAGUUAUCGGAUGGGAAUGUGAAUCAGCACUGAAGUCCUCAACAUGUUUAGAUCAAAUCUGCUGAAGAAGUUUGCGUGUCUGUAUGAGGGAAAAGCGACUCAGAGAAACCCAACACUGCUGAAUGAGAUCUACACAGAGCUCUACAUCACAGAGAGUGAGAGUGGAGAGAUCAGUAAUGAACAUGAAGUGAGACAGAUUGAGACACAAUCCAGGAGAGCAGCAACAGAGGACACAGCCAUCAAAUGUAAAGACAUCUUUAGACCUUUACCUGGGCAAGACAAAGCCAUCAGAACUGUGCUGACAAAGGGAGUCGCUGGCAUUGGAAAAACAGUCUCUGUGCAGAAGUUCAUCCUGGACUGGGCUGAAGGGAAAGAGAAUCAGGACGUCCAGCUCAUAUUUCCACUUCCUUUCAGAGAAAUCAACCUGAUGAAGGACAAAACACUCAGUCUUUCAGAUCUUCUUCAUGUGUUAUUCCCUGAAACUAAAGAAAUUGAUAUUUCCAGUGAUGAAUAUAAAGUGUUGUUCAUCUUUGAUGGUCUGGAUGAGUGUCGUCUGUCUCUGGAUUUUAAGAGCAAAGUCAAACUGUGUAAUAUAUGUAAAUCAGCCUCAGUGGACGAGCUGCUGAUGAACCUCAUUGUGGGGAAUCUGCUUCCCUCUGCUCUCAUCUGGAUCACCUCCAGACCAGCAGCAGUUGAUCUCAUCCCCUCUGAGUGUGUCCAUCGAUUGACAGAGGUACGAGGCUUCAAUGAGCCACAGAAGGAGGAAUACUUCAGGAAGAGAUUCAGUGAUCAGAGUCUGGCCGACAGGAUCAUCUCACACCUGAAGUCAUCAAGGAGCCUCUACAUCAUGUGCCACAUCCCAGUGUUCUGCUGGAUCUCAGCCGCUGUUCUGGAGAAGAUGUUGAGUCGAGGAAAGAGAGGAGAGAUUCCCAAGACUCUCACUCAGAUGUACACACACUUCCUGAUCCUUCAGACCAACAUCAAACAUCAGAAGGACUAUAAGAAGAAGGUCAAAGAUGAAGACAUGAUCCUCAAACUGGGGAAACUGGCUUUUCAGCAGCUUAUGAAAGGAAACCUGAUCUUCUAUUAUGAAGACCUGAGAGAGUGUGGCAUUGAUGUGAGAGAAGCAUCAGUGUACUCGGGAUUGUGCACUCAGAUCUUCAGAGAGGAGUUGGGCUUGUAUCAGGGGAAAGUCUUCUGCUUUGUUCAUCUCAGCAUUCAGGAACAUCUAGCAGCUCUGUAUGUGCACCUCUCCUUUACAGUCAAGAGGAGAAAUGUGUUUGACCAAACUAUACAGCGAUGGUUGUCCAAGAUUUUUAACCGGAAGAAAUAUAAUUCACUAUCUGAGCUUCAUCAGAGAGUUUUAAAAAAUGCCUUAAAGAGUAAGAAUGGACAUCUGGAUCUUUUUCUGCGUUUUCUUCUGGGUCUCUCAGUGGAGUCCAAUCAGACUCUCUUACGAACACUACUGACACAGACAGGAAUCUGCUCCUUCAACGAAGAGGAAACAGUUCAGAACAUCAAAGAGAUGAUCAGGGAGAAUCGCUCUCCAGAGAAGUCCAUCAAUCUGUUUCACUGUCUGAAUGAACUGGGUGAUGAUUCACUGAUGCAGGAGAUCCAAGAUUAUCUGAAAUCUGGAGAAAUAAGAGAAACUAGACUCUCCUCUUCACAGUGGUCAGCUCUGGUUUAUGUGUUGCUGACAUCAGAGCAGAAGAUGGAUGUGUUUGAUCUGAAACAGUUUAUUGGAGCACAACACACAGCAGAUGAAGUUCUUCAGAAUCUGUUACCUGUGGUGAAAGAAUCCAGAUCAGUUCGACUAUGUGGAUGUAAUCUCACUGCUCAGUCCUGUGAAAGUUUAUCUUCAGCUCUCCAAUCCUCAAACUCUAUCCUGAGAGAACUGGACCUGAGUAACAAUGACCUGCAGGAUUCUGGAGUGAAGCUUCUUUCUGAUGGACUGAAGAGUUCACACUGUCAGCUUGAGAUACUGAGAAUGUCUGGCUGUAUGGUGACAGAGAAAGGAUGUCAAUAUGUGUCUUCAGCUCUGAGUUCAAACACCUCACACCUAAGAGAACUGGAUCUGAGCUACAAUCACCCAGGAGAUUCAGGAGUCAAGCUGCUUUCUGAAAAACUUCAGGAUCCAAUCUGCUCAUUGGACAAACUGAACGUGGAUCACGGAGGAGAAUCCAGGAUUACAGCAGGAAUAAUGAAAUAUUCCUGUUUUCUCACACUGGAUCCAAACACAGCAAGCACUGAUCUCAUUCUGUCUGAGGAGAACAGAGAGGUGACAUAUGUGAUGAAGAAACCGUCGUAUCCUGAUCAUCCAGACAGAUUUAAUGUGCCUCAGGUGUUGUGUAGAGAGAGUGUGUGUGGACGCUGUUACUGGGAGAUUGAGUGCAGUGGAUAUGUGGAGAUAUCAGUGUCAUAUAAAAGCAUCAGCAGGAAGGGAUGGGGUGAUGAGUGUGUGUUUGGACAUAAUGAUCAGUCCUGGAGUUUGUUCUGCUCUCGCUCCAGUUACUCAUUCAAACACAAUAACAUAGAGACUGAUCACUUUGUGAAGCCCAUCAGCUGGAGAACUGGUGUGUUUGAUGCUGUCAGGAGAACAGGAGUGUCUGAUGAUGAUGAUGAUGAUGAUAAUGAUAAUAUCAGUAGAACAGGAGUGUAUGUGGAUCACGGAGCAGGAACUCUGUCCUUCUACAGUGUCUACAGAAACACAAUGAGCCUCAUCCACACAAAACUGACGAGAGAUUCUACCCAUAAUGCUUUGAGCUGCAUGAUAAUCCAGUGA